AUGUUUCAGACAGUGUGUGUCUCGUCUGAUCCUGUGAUGGUCAUGAAGGCUUCAGAAUCUGGAGAUGUUAUGGAAUUAAAUGACCUUCCUGUGGAGUCAAACAGGAUAAAACCGUAUCUGCUGGAGCUGAGACACAGAGCGGAGAAGGCGUCUGUCAUUAAACCACAUCUGUAUUUAUCUGAUACUUUUCUGAUCAGGUUUCUAAGAGCCAGAGACUUUGAUGUGGAUUUGGCACUGAAGUUAUUGAUUAAUUAUCAUAAAUGGAGACAAGAGUGUCCUGAAAUAAGUGCUAAUCUGCGACCCUCAUCCAUCUUCGGCCUUCUGAAAAACAAUUACCAUGCGGUUCUCAGGUCCAGAGAUGCUGCUGGAAGCAGAGUGUUAAUUUACAGGAUCGGUCAGUGGAAUCCAAAAGAAUUUUCAGCAUAUGAAGUUUUCCGUGUCAGUCUCAUCACAUCUGAGCUGAUUGUUCAGGAGUGUGAGACUCAGAGAAAUGGACUCAAGGUUAUUUUUGACCUUCAGGGCUGGUGUUUCUCUCAUGCCCUCCAAAUCACCCCCUCACUGGCAAAGAAGAUCUCCUGUGUCCUCACGGACUCGUUUCCUUUAAAGUUGCGCGGGAUCCACUUCAUUAACGAGCCUCGAUUCUUCCGUCCCGUGUUCACUAUGAUCAGACGCCUUCUGCCUGACAAAAUUAAACAGAGGAUUCACUUCCACAGCAGCAUGUACACGACGAGCCUCUCUCAGUUCUUCCCUCAGUCCAUCCUCCCUGUGGAGCUGGGCGGCUCAGGGCCGAGUGUAGAUGAACUGUGUGAGGAAUGGACCCAGCACAUCCUGCAGGCUGAAGGCUACCUGCAAAAUCUGUGUGUGGAUUCAGGAGGCAGCUCAUCUCAGAGCUGAAGAUCGUCAUGCUGACGUUCUGACUGAACUUCACACUUUUACACUUUAUUACAG